AUGGCCGCUGGUAAAAGGAAGAGGGCUUACCCGGCGAGAACAGUCCCUGAGCACUUACAGGUCUUCAAGGGUCUAGGUUUUUGUAAGUGCUACCUAGUUUAUCUUUCAUCGUCGAUUCACCUUGUACCUAAUGGGCGACUUCCAGUUUUCUUUCCGAACAACGACGUUUCACCUUUACGGCGGUUGCGCAUCCAGCGAGCAGAAGAAUACGGCGCUCUUUGGGAAAAGACUUGGGGAGACGGUGUAACGCAUGUCAUCGUUGAUAAAGGGCUAACAUUCCAAGAUGUUCUGAAACACCUGAAGUUGGACGUCUUCCCGACUAAUAUUGCUCUUGUUGACGAAAGCUAUCCGUCUGAGUGUAUCAAGUUCCGGUCGCUAUUGAGCACCACGCAUGUGCGAUUCCGCGUCCGUGGAAUGCCUGGGUCUUCCGAAAUGAAAAACCCAGAGCCAUCAACCGGCCAUGCUACAGCCGAUGUGUUGCCGUUAAAACCACCUAAAAAGGCACCUCCACCUCCGACACCGUCACAAGGUUCCCAGAGCUUUGAUCACGCGGAGGUGAUCCCUGAGUCACAGAGCGAAGAGUUGGUGAAGGAGCGAGAGGUGCAGUCCACCCACGAGGGUUCUCCCUCUCGUGAACGAGACAUCUUGGAUGACAUCAUUGAUGAAGCCAAAGCCGUCAAGGACCUGCCUUUGGAGUCGCUAGACUGUCAAGACGAGGAUUCUUUUGCGGAGGCGUCUGACGCAGGGGACCUCGAAACCUCUGAUCCGGAGACCGAUGCGCGGAAGAGAAGAAAGCAUUUGCACAAGGAAGCCGGUGCGACAGAAAACUGGCAACAAGGCUUUGCCUGUAUGCGGGCCCACGAUGCUAGAUCAAACAGUGAUAACCCAAACGGCCGGACCAUCGAGGUCCUUCAACAAAUGCUGGAUUAUUAUACAAGGACUGAUGACCACUGGCGGUUGCUCGCGUAUCGAAAGACGAUCAGUGCGUUGCGCAAGCAGUCAAACAGAAUCACCACUCGGACGCAAGCUCUUGCUAUUCCCGGCAUCGGAACGCGGUUAGCGGACAAGAUUGAAGAGAUUGUGUAUACAGACCGACUGCGCCGCCUGGAGAACACGAGCACUACGCCAGAGGAUCGCAUUCUCCAGAAAUUCAUGGGAGUCUAUGGAGCUGGCCUUUCGCAAGCUUCGAGGUGGCUCGCUCAAGGAUAUCGGUCACUGGAGGAUCUGAAAGCCAAAGCACAUCUGACCCAAGCCCAAAGGAUCGGAGUAGACCAUUACGAUGAUUUCCUCCAACGAAUCCCUAGAAAAGAGGUCGAGAUGCAUGGCGAGAUCGUACGACGGGCGGUCGUAAAAGUCAACCCUGGGAUGCAGGUUAUUAUCAGUGGCUCAUAUCGACGUGGGGCAGCUGAUUCGGGCGAUAUCGACGUGCUCAUUACUCAGCCAGAUGCUACGAUCGAGCAAAUCCGCGCAAUGAUGAUGGACACUGUGAUCCCCGACUUAUUCCAGCAGGGUUUCCUCCAGGCGAGCCUCGCGGUCACGUCUCGAGGCGACGGCUCUAAGUGGCAUGGGGCAUCCAAACUCCCCGACAGUCGGGUUUGGCGCCGACUGGACCUGUUGUUUGUGCCCGGAUCGGAGAUUGGAGCGGCUCUGAUAUAUUUUACGGGGAACGAUAUAUUCAAUCGUAGUAUGAGACUUUUGGCGAGGAAGAAGGGAAUGCGACUCAACCAACGAGGACUCUAUGCGGAUGUGCUACGAGGGCCACAACAGACGAAAAUGAAUGCUGGACGAUUGCUGGAGGGACGUGAUGAGCGACGGAUCUUCGAGAUUUUGGGGGUUCCGUGGCGACCUCCGGAGCAGCGUAUAUGCUAG